AUUUUAUAAAAAAAAAUGGAUUAAAAGAAAGGGAGAUAAGGUAAAAAAAAAGUUAGUCCUGAAAAGAAUUAAUAAGUUGAAGAAGAAAUUGUUGUUCAGUCUAAAGGGAAAUAAUAAUAAAAGGAGACUAAGAAAGCAAAAGAUAAUGAUUAGAAAAAAGGAGCAAAGAAAAUAGAGAAAUAAUAGAAUAUAAAAGGGGAGGAAUAAAAAGUAAAAUAAGUAAAUCAAGGAGAAUAAAAAUUUGAUUUAGGAGAUGGGAAAUUUAAUACUCCAAGAAUAAAAAUAGCUAGUUGGAAUAUAAAUGGAAUUAGAGCAGUAACAAAACAUGAAUCUGCUGUUGGAUAUUUAAAUGAUAGCAAGGUAUAUGAAUUAUAUAAAAUUUAGUUUGAUGUAAUUUGUUUAAAUGAAUUGAAAGCGGACCAGGCAGUAUUUGAUAAAGAAAAUUUAGGCGCUAAAUUUGGAAAACACUAUUUUCUAUAUUUAAAUUUUUGUAAGUGCAAAAGUGGAUACAGUGGAGUAGCAAUAGCAUCAAAGUAAUAUUAAUAAAUUAAAUAGAUAGGGUGAAACCUAUUUCAGUUAAAUGUGAUAUAGGUGUUGAUAAACAUGAUAAAGAAGGAAGAACAUUAACAGCUGAAUUUGAAAAGUUUUAUUUAGUAUCAUGUUAUGUUCCUAAUUCUGGAUAGAAAUUAGAAAGACUUGGUUAUAGAACUAAAGAAUGGGAUGUUGAUUUCUAAGCAUAUCUUGAAGGAUUGAGAAAGAAAAAACCUACUAUUUUAUGUGGAGAUCUUAAUGUAUCACAUCAUGAAAUAGAUCUUGCUAAUCCCUCUGGUAAUAAGAAAAGUGCUGGGUAUUUUUAUUAUUUUGAAUAUUAGAUUUACUUAAUAGGAAAGAGAUUAAUUUUCUAAUUAUUUAUAAAAAGGAUGGGUUGAUUCAUUUAGACAUUUACAUCCCAAAGAAGUUAAAUAUAGUUUCUUUAGUGCAAGGAAUAAUUGUAGGUAAAUAAUAGAGUUAGUAUUGUUUUAGAUAAGAAAAUAAAGGAUGGAGAUUAGAUUAUUUUAUAAUCAAUAAGGAAGCUACUGAUGCUAUUAUUGUAUCAGAUAUCAAUUUAUAAGUUGAAGGAAGCGAUCACGUUCCAAUUGAAUGUGAGGUUGAUCUUACAAAAUUAUGA